GAGAGCAGUGAUGGCCUGAAUCACUCCGAUACACACUGCUGCGUUUAGGAGUGUGUGUGUGAGAGAGAGAGAGAGAGAGAGAGUGUGUGUGUGUGUGUGUGUGUGAGAGAGGGAGAGAGCUAAAGCUGAAGAAGUCAGGAUUAAAGAUGCUCCUGAGGAAGUUGUUCCGGGCCGUGAUCAUGGGUCCGCCGGGUUCGGGGAAAGGAACCGUGUCGUCUCGGAUCACCGGGAGUUUCGGGCUGCAGCAUCUCUCCAGCGGGGACAUGUUACGGGCCAACAUCGAGGCCAAGAGCGAGCUCGGGCUGCUGUUGAAGUCGUGUAUAGACCAGGGGCAGCUGGUUCCCGAUGACGUCAUCUCCCGCCUCAUGUUGGCCAGCCUUCGGGAAAUGGAGCAGAGCAGCUGGCUGUUAGACGGUUUUCCCCGGACGGUGUCUCAGGCCGAGAGCUUGGACAGCGCCUUCACCGUGGACACAGUCAUCAACCUGGACGUGCCGUUCCAGACGAUUAAGGAGCGGCUGACCUCGCGCUGGGUUCACCUGUCCAGCGGCCGAGUCUACAACACCGACUUCAACCCUCCCCGAGUCCCCGGUUUUGAUGAUGUCACAGGGGAGCCGCUGACGCAGAGAGACGACGACAAGCCUGAGACGGUGACCCGCAGACUGAAGGCGUAUGAAAACCAGACUCAACCGGUUCUGGAGUAUUACAGGAGUAAGGGAAUUUUGGCGACUUUUACUGGAACUGAAACCAAUAAGAUCUGGCCUCACGUUCACGCCUUCCUCGCCAGGAGAAUCCCGCAGCAGGACCAGGGCCGCGUGUAACCGCGUGUAGCCGCGUGCUCGUGUACAGAAUUCACUUCUGUCUGGAAUUUCAACAAAAUCACUUCUGUUUUGGUGGAAAGUUUUAAAUUCACUGAUUUUAAAUGUUUUUAGUAGAUGUUCACUCCGAAGUGUGUUUGAGCAGGAAGUGUUGCAUUUGAACACAAUCUUAUUUCAGUAGUUUUACUCUUUUGCCUCACGGGCGCGCUGGGCCGAGGUUUACUUUUAAAAAUCCUUUUAACUUUUAGAUUUAAAACUUUUUUUUACCACAAUCGCACUCCUGCAUUCCCACACAAAGUCUUGGAAGGAAUUUUAUUAGCAAAAUGAAGUUAAUUGGUUAAAACUAUUUUAAACACUUUAAACAAAGAGAGUCAGAAAAAAGAGAAAAGGAAAGAGAAUAAAAUCCAUUUAAACUAAGAAGGGGAGGGAAAUGUUAUGUAAAGAAAAAAAAGAAAAAUCCAUUACAGAGGACAGAAAAGAAAAAAAAAUGCACAGCAAGUGGAAAUAAAGAUUUUUUUUUUUACAAAUAAAAAAAUAUAGAUAAGAGAAAAUAUAUUACUCAUGUCCACUAACAUUUCAAACAUUGUGUUUAAAAAAGGGUAAAGAAGAAAUUUAAAGAGAAAAUAAAUGUUUAAAAAUAUAUCGGUAAAGUGGGAAGGCUGCAGCACCGCCGCCGUCGACCCCAGAACGCUUUUUAAGAGAAAAAAAAAAACAAAACAUCCUAACAUGAUAAUUCAUUUUUUUGCACUAAACACUCAGGAUUUUCAGCGUUCGGAUUCCUGUACGAGAUUUUAUUUCCUGCUGAAUAAUUUCUCUCACAAAGUUGCCUUAACUCAACUUAAACACACACUCCUGUGUUUUUAUUCCUCGACUCCAUUUUUUGUCUAAUUAUAAUCUCAUUUCAACACAGAUUCGUAAAUAAUCUAAAAUUUAUUUUAAAAUUGCUAGUGCAUGUGAUUUGAUAGAAAAUUUUAUAUCUGGAGGAAAUAACGUUUGUAUACAGAUCAUUUAUGUUUAAUAUUGGUUUCAUGCCACUGAGCUGAAUAAUGAUUAAUAAAUAUUUAAAAUGUC